CCGCUCCCUCCUCCCCCGUUGCCAGUACAGUACAACUAGUACGCGCGCACACAGGCACAGACACGCGCGGGCGCGCGCGGACCCUGCCGCUGCCACUGCAGCUACCAUGGAUAUCAGCUAACAACACACGCUCAGGCGCGCGCGCGCGCUCCCACUCGCACCACGCAGGAGUGGCCCCCGGCAUCCUUACCCUCCUUCCCCACCCCCACCCCACCCGCUCCCUAGCUCGGCUACUGCUCGCUCCGGCUGCCGCCGCCGCCGCCAACGCCGCCGCCGCCGCCGUCACAGCUCUCUUCUGCUGCGGGGCCACAGCCUUGAGUGUCAUUCAAGGGACAGCACAACCUCACCCAAGCUCUCCUACCUCUUCCCAGCCGUCCCUGUCAUCCUCCCCCUUCCUCGUCCACACUCCAUCCAAAGAAGAGGGAAAGCACCGAACAGAGGCGGGAGGAAGGCAAAGUCUGCUCUUCUCACCUCUUGGCCCCCUGGCUCCUCCAUCCUCAUUCUCUCAGCACCAACUCCCCUACCCCAAAGGAAUCCCUCAGGAGCCGAGGCGACUCACCCCACUGCCAUGUCCAAAAGCUUGAAAAAGAAAAGCCACUGGACUAGCAAAGUCCACGAGAGUGUCAUUGGCAGGAACCCGGAGGGCCAGCUGGGCUUCGAACUGAAGGGGGGCGCCGAGAAUGGACAGUUCCCCUACCUGGGGGAGGUGAAGCCCGGCAAGGUGGCCUAUGAGAGCGGCAGCAAGUUGGUGUCUGAGGAACUGCUGCUGGAAGUAAACGAGACCCCCGUGGCGGGGCUCACCAUCAGGGACGUGCUUGCCGUGAUCAAACACUGCAAGGAUCCCCUCCGGCUCAAGUGUGUCAAGCAAGGAGGAAUUGUUGAUAAGGAUCUUCGUCACUACCUCAACUUAAGAUUUCAGAAGGGUUCUGUGGACCACGAACUUCAGCAAAUCAUUCGUGACAACCUCUACCUCCGCACGGUGCCAUGCACCACAAGGCCACAUAAGGAGGGUGAGGUUCCUGGAGUGGACUAUAUUUUCAUCACUGUUGAAGAUUUUAUGGAAUUGGAGAAAAGUGGUGCUCUCCUAGAAAGUGGGACUUAUGAAGACAAUUACUACGGUACCCCAAAGCCUCCAGCAGAACCAGCACCAUUGUUACUAAAUGUAACAGACCAGAUACUUCCUGGAGCCACUCCAAGCACUGAAGGAAAACGAAAAAGGAAUAAAUCAGUAAGCAACAUGGAGAAAGCAAGCAUAGAGCCUCCUGAGGAGGAAGAGGAAGAGAGGCCUGUGGUCAAUGGAAAUGGAGUAGUAGUAACACCAGAAUCCAGUGAACAUGAAGACAAGAGUGCAGGUGCCUCAGGGGAGACACCCUCCCAGCCUUAUCCUGCACCAGUGUAUAGUCAGCCCGAGGAGGUGAAGGAACAGAUCGAUGAUGCAAAACCAACUAAGUCUGAAGAGCAUGAAGAACCAGACCCACUGCCUGAUAACUGGGAAAUGGCCUAUACAGAGAAGGGCGAAGUCUACUUCAUUGACCAUAACACAAAGACAACAUCAUGGCUGGAUCCACGACUUGCGAAAAAGGCUAAACCUCCAGAAGAAUGCAAAGAAAAUGAGCUUCCAUAUGGCUGGGAAAAAAUCGAUGAUCCCAUAUAUGGCACUUAUUAUGUUGACCACAUAAAUAGAAGAACACAGUUUGAAAACCCUGUCCUGGAAGCAAAAAGGAAGCUACAGCAGCAUAACAUGCCCCACACAGAACUUGGAACAAAGCCCCUGCAGGCCCCAGGUUUCCGAGAAAAACCACUCUUUACCCGGGAUGCAUCCCAGUUGAAGGGAACAUUUCUCAGCACCACACUAAAAAAGAGCAACAUGGGGUUUGGAUUUACCAUCAUUGGUGGAGAUGAGCCUGAUGAGUUUCUGCAGGUGAAAAGCGUGAUUCCCGAUGGGCCUGCAGCACAGGACGGAAAAAUGGAAACAGGUGAUGUCAUUGUCUAUAUUAAUGAAGUUUGUGUCCUUGGACACACUCAUGCAGAUGUAGUCAAACUUUUCCAGUCUGUUCCUAUUGGUCAGAGUGUCAACUUAGUGUUGUGUCGUGGCUACCCUUUGCCCUUUGAUCCUGAAGAUCCUGCUAACAGCAUGGUGCCACCCCUUGCAAUAAUGGAGAGACCACCUCCAGUGAUGGUCAAUGGAAGACAUAACUAUGAAACAUAUUUGGAAUACAUUUCUCGGACCUCACAGUCGGUUCCAGAUAUAACAGAUCGGCCACCUCAUACUUUGCACUCAAUGCCAGCUGAUGGUCAGCUAGAUAGCACGUAUCCACCACCUGUCCAUGACGACAAUGUAUCUAUGGCUUCAUCUGGGGCCACCCAAGCUGAACUUAUGACCUUAACCAUUGUGAAAGGUGCCCAGGGCUUUGGCUUCACCAUUGCAGACAGUCCUACAGGACAGCGGGUGAAACAAAUACUUGACAUUCAGGGAUGCCCUGGCCUGUGUGAAGGCGACCUCAUUGUUGAGAUCAACCAGCAGAAUGUACAGAACCUGAGCCAUACGGAAGUAGUGGAUAUACUUAAGGACUGUCCCAUUGGAAACGAGACUUCUCUGAUUAUCCAUCGAGGAGGUUUCUUUUCUCCAUGGAAAACUCCAAAGCCUAUAACGGACCGAUGGGAGAAUCAAGGCAGUCCUCAAACGAGUUUAUCUGCUCCGGCCAUACCGCAGAACCUGCCCUUCCCACCUGCCCUUCACAGGAGUUCCUUUCCUGACUCAGCAGAGGCCUUUGACCCAAGGAAGCCUGACCCAUAUGAGCUCUACGAGAAAUCUAGAGCCAUUUAUGAAAGUAGGCAACAAGUGCCACCAAGGACCAGUUUUCGAAUGGAUUCCUCUGGUCCGGAUUACAAGGAGCUGGAUGUUCACCUUCGCAGGAUGCAGUCUGGAUUUGGCUUCAGAAUCCUCGGGGGAGAUGAGCCUGGACAGCCUAUUUUGAUUGGAGCCGUCAUUGCCAUGGGAUCAGCCGACAGAGACGGCCGCCUACACCCAGGAGACGAGCUCGUCUAUGUGGAUGGGAUUCCAGUGGCUGGCAAGACCCACCGCUAUGUCAUCGACCUUAUGCACCACGCAGCCCGAAACGGGCAGGUCAGCCUCACUGUGAGAAGAAAGGUGCUAUGUGGAGGGGAGCCCUGCCCAGAGAACGGGAGGAGUCCAGGCUCCGUGUCGACCCACCACAGCUCUCCUCGCAGCGACUACGCAACCUACACCAACACUCAUACCAACAGCAGCGCCUCUCCCCCCGAAGGCUUCGCCUCCCACAGCCUGCAGACCAGUGACGUGGUCAUUCACCGCAAAGAGAACGAGGGUUUCGGCUUUGUCAUCAUCAGCUCCCUGAACAGGCCAGAGUCCGGAUCCACCAUAACUGUGCCACAUAAAAUUGGACGCAUCAUUGAUGGGAGUCCCGCAGAUCGCUGUGCAAAACUAAAAGUGGGAGACCGGAUCUUAGCAGUGAACGGCCAGUCUAUCAUCAACAUGCCUCACGCUGACAUCGUGAAGCUCAUCAAGGAUGCAGGUCUUAGUGUCACCCUGCGCAUCAUUCCUCAGGAGGAGCUCAACAGCCCAGCCUCGGCACCCAGCUCAGAGAAGCACAGCCCCCUGGCCCAGCCCAGCCCGGCCACCCCCGACAGUCCUGUCGCCCAACCAGCUCCUCCUCAGCCGCUUCAGCUGCAAGGACAUGAAAACAGUUACAGGUCAGAAGUAAAAGCAAGGCAAGACGUGAAACCAGAUAUCCGACAGCCUCCGUUCACGGACUACAGGCAGCCCCCACUGGACUACCGGCAGCCCCCAGGAGGGGACUAUCUGCAAGCCCCGCCCUUGGACUACAGGCAGCCCCAGCUUCUCUGAUAUUAAACAAUGGUUUAUUCCAUUUUCUCCCCAACUCCAAAGGAUUUUGAUUAUUUCACUGUGGACAUGGAGAAAGGAGCCAAAGGAUUUGGAUUCAGUAUUCGUGGAGGAAGGGAGUACAAAAUGGAUUUGUACGUGUUGAGAUUGGCAGAAGAUGGGCCAGCAAUAAGAAAUGGAAGGAUGAGGGUAGGAGAUCAGAUCAUUGAAAUCAAUGGGGAGAGCACCAGAGACAUGACACACGCCAGAGCAAUAGAGCUCAUCAAAUCUGGAGGAAGAAGAGUCAGGCUACUGCUGAAGCGCGGGACGGGGCAGGUCCCAGAGUAUGACGAUUCCAGCUCCUGGAGUUCUCCCGCUGCUGCCUCCCCAGGUCUGCCGGAAGUAGGCAUCUCCCUCGAGGACAUCCUCUCUCCAUUCUCUCCAUCACAUCCAGCCCCACCAUCCGACCCUAACAACCAGAUAAGCCCAGACCCAACUUGGGAUAUCAAAAGGGAACACGACGUUAGGAAACCAAAGGAGCUUUCAGCCGGCAGCCAGAAGAAGCAGCGCCUCGGGGAGCAGAGUGAGCUUUCGGCAAGCCCGCAGCGGGCCGUGCAGCCGAAGCUCACGGAGGUGCCUGGUGGCCAGGGGCAGCCUGAGGCCAGCAGGCCCUCCUCAGAGGCCCGGGCACCCGGGCCCACAGCAGUGGACGCAGCACGGGCCAGCAGCAAGGAGGGGCUGCAUGCAGCAUUGGGCCCCGAGCUCAGCCGGCGUGAAGGCCCUGGAGUGGCACCUGCGUUCGUGGGCCCAGGCCACGGUGGGGGUGUGCGGGAGGCCGAGGGCAGGGCAGGCACACGUGCGGGGCCCAGGCAGGGCACACGGCCCCCGGGGGGAACCCCUGUGCGCAAGGCCGCUGUCGCGCCAGGGCCCUGGAAGGUGCCUGGCUCUGACAAGCUGCCAGGUAUCCUCAAACCCGGCGCCUCAGCCGCAGGCAGAUGAGCCCCCU